UAAACACAUAAGAAAGCAGCGGGGGGUAAGAUAAUGUUAAACUGGGCUUUUUACCUCAUUAAAAACAGCACACCGGGGCCGUUAUCACAAACUACAGAUGUCCUACAGACAUUUCCUUUCAUCUCUAGCAUCAACGUGUCAGACGGCCUCAGUCUCGCGCUGUUUAUGAAGGGCUCUCCCUGUGGGUGUCACACAGCUCUGAUGUUACAGCUGCUGCUUCCUGUAUUCAACCAAGACCAGCAGCAGUCAGAGUCAGAGUCAGAGUCAGAACCGGAGUCAGAGUCAAAACCAGAACCAGAACCAGAGUCAGAGCCCGGUUGUUAUCGCUUCAGAGCCCCACACCCAGAGCUGAAACACGGAGGGAAUCUGUAGCUCGGACGCUGCCGUCCUGCGGAGGGAAGACAGGCCGAGUCGGUGUCCCCCCGGUGUCCGCCCGGUGUGAGCUGUCGGUAAAACCGUGGCGGCCCGUUGUCUCGUGAAAGCUGAGAAGCGACCGAGGGGCUGCACGUUCAGGCUGAGCGAGACUCCGGACACGAUUCAAACAGGAGCGGCUAAUAGCAGCUAAUAGCAGCUAAUAGCAGCUAAUAGCAGCUAGGCGGCUAGUGGCUAGUAGCUAGCAGGUAGCUAACCCAGAAGAAGCAGAAACAUAGAAAUGUGUCUCCUCCAGAGGAUAUAGAUGCACCGGAAGACGAGCUGACUGCUAAAGAGCACCUCGGCAUGAUAGUAUUUACCGACAUAGCUGACUGACAUGCUACCGAAAGUGUACUAACUUUGCUAACGCUAGCUAGCCAAGUUACUAGCCUUGUAGGGCUGAUCCUGUUGCUUUUUCAGACUUGAGUUACAAACAAGUUGAAGGAUAGAUUCGCAGCUCCCCGGCUCAUUGCAUUGUUAGUGUGCAUUAUUUGAGAAAGUUAUUGAGAUGGCUCCCAAAAGAAGACCCGUUCCCCUGAACAUAACGCCCAUUGGGGAAGGACAGGCCACCUCCAACACCAUUGAUGCUGCAUCUGAAGCCAACCUCGAGGCCUUACAGAAGAAACUGGGUGAGCUAGACCUGGACGAGCAACAGAGGAAACGACUGGAAGCCUUUCUUACCCAGAAAGCUCAGGUUGGGGAGCUGAAGGAUGAGGAUUUUGACCCCAUAUGUGAGUUGGGUGCUGGAAACGGAGGAGUGGUCAACAAAGUCCGCCACAAACCCUCGGGGUUGGUCAUGGCUCGGAAGCUGAUCCACCUGGAAAUCAAGCCUGCCAUCAGAAACCAGAUUAUCAGAGAGCUGCAGGUGCUACAUGAAUGCAACUCCCCCUACAUUGUGGGCUUCUAUGGGGCCUUUUACAGCGAUGGUGAGAUCAGCAUCUGUAUGGAGCACAUGGAUGGUGGAUCCUUGGACCAGGUCCUCAAGGAAGCCAGAAGAAUCCCAGAAGAAAUCCUGGGGAAAGUUAGCAUAGCUGUAUUGAGGGGAUUAGCCUACCUGCGGGAGAAGCACCAGAUCAUGCAUAGAGAUGUCAAGCCCUCCAACAUCCUGGUCAACUCUCGCGGGGAGAUCAAGCUGUGCGACUUUGGUGUGAGCGGCCAGCUCAUAGAUUCCAUGGCCAACUCCUUUGUUGGAACGCGCUCCUACAUGUCGCCGGAGAGACUGCAGGGCACUCACUACUCGGUUCAGUCUGACGUGUGGAGCAUGGGUCUGUCCCUGGUAGAGCUGGCGAUUGGCCGCUACCCCAUCCCCCCACCAGAAGCCAAAGAGCUGGAGGGCAUCUUCGGAAGGGCCGUUAUGGACGGGGCCGAGGGGGAGCCUCACACCAACAUGCAGAGGCCCAGACCACCAGGCAGGCCUGUGAGCGGACAUGGGAUGGACAGUAGACCUGCUAUGGCCAUCUUUGAGCUUUUGGACUACAUUGUGAACGAGCCACCCCCUAAACUGCCACUUGGGGUCUUCACCAACGACUUCCAGGACUUUGUGACAAAAUGUUUGAUCAAAAACCCAGCAGAGAGGGCAGAUUUGAAGAUGCUGAUGAGUCACACGUUUAUCAAACGAUCAGAAGUGGAGGAAGUGGACUUUGCCGGCUGGUUGUGCAAAACCAUGGGCCUCAACCAGCCCAGUACUCCCACCCGCGGCACUGAGUGAACAGACCCCACUGCCCUGACACACCUCUGGGUCUUGCUUGCAUACACAUAAAUAUACUGCACAUACAUGUACACAAGCCAUCACACAUUGGCAUUUUUUUUCAUCUUGCUCUUGGGUAAAAGAAAAAAAAAAAAAAAAAUGUUUUGGCCUCCCCCGUUCAUUUAUUUCUUCACCAGCAGCAGGGCCCAUUGAGUCAUUGUAUUGUAAGGCCACAGCUUCACCAUGCCAGUGUCAAGAGUAGCCACUGCUCACUUUUCUACACUGCUACAGAGGAUGUAAAGCACUGAAGGGCUGCCAGUGUUGUCAGCUGAAUUUGCAUUGAUUGACAAACUUCUUUUGUAUUGUUGAAUAUUCUGUAUUAAUCUUUUCUAUGGCAACAGUUGAUGGCUUGUGGGACUGUAUUUUAAUAAAUUACUUGCUGUAGAGAUUUCCAAACCAAGAGAAAUCCAAACGUAUUACCUACUUGCAAAUUCUAAAUUGCUUUUAUUGAAGGUGAAUGCAGGUAUUUUGAUUCAAAAUCCCCAUGUCAAACUUAUCCAUGCUAAAACAUUGUGUGCAGAAAACUCGCAGUUGCCUCCAAUAUAAUAAUCAAAUUUGUGAGUAGAGAACAGGACAGAUGGGCGUAUAUGGAGUCAGUCUCAGUUAUUUUGGGAUCUCUUUGUGAACAGUGUCACAAACCAAAGAGGGUACUUACGACUACUAAACUUUCUCAAUGCCUGAUCAGUUUUUUUUUUGUAUGUACAUUCAUGCAACAGUUUAUCAGUGUACUUCUAAUGUUUCCAUUUAUUUUAUUCAGUGAUCUACACUCCAAUUGUGUUGACAUUGUUUCCUCAACAUUCAUUUCAGUUCACAUCCCACACUGUCUCUUUCACACAGGAGGAGGCAUAUGCUGUGGAGGCCUGAUAUAUGCCAGAAUGUCUUUUACAGACAUUAAGAAAACAAUGAUCAUAAUGUAUUCAUGGGAUGAUAUAGCAUGGUUUAUUAUCUUUCUAAUACUGUAUGUGUAUUUUAUUUCCCAAGAUCAUGAUGGGGAUGAUUAGCUGGUGUUUUUAUCAAAAAGCCUGAAUCUCUGCAAUGUGUAUGAAAUUUAAAUCACGUUGACUAAUUUGACAUAUUUUUUUUUUCUCUUUGUUGUUGGUCUGUACUUUCCCCUGAAGUACAUUUGGUUAUGUUUUCACUGUACUGCUACGUGUGGCGCUCCAAGCUUUCGCUUGGGACACAACCAGCCAGAAGUGUGCUUUUGGAAAAGACUUGGGUUGAAAUACAAUUUUCCCUUUGAUUUAAUUAUGGUAAAAGACAACAGAGUGGAACCUCAGACAUUAUAAGUAGCGCAAAGGGUUUGACUGAACAUUUUAACCCAGGUCAGUGUUGGUCACAUGGUGGUGGUGUUACUUGCUAGCCUGCCGUCUUGCUAGAGUUCUUGUAUUCUCUCUGCUUAUGGCUGCCCUUUCUUAUUCCCCCAAAAAUGUGCAUUCGUUCAGAGCAGAAUGAAUGCAUUGGCACAUGUAUGUGUACAAAGCUAUAUACAAAAAUUACAGGAGUACUAUUUUGCAGUCUUAAUAUACAAAUUUUUGAUUUAUGUAAAUGACAAGGGAGAAGAGUCAUUUUAUUAUAAUAUAAAAAUGUGUUGGAUAUGGUUAUAAUGUAUAAAAAGAUUAAAAUAAAACUUAUUUGUGAAUGUACUGUAA